AUGUCACUCCCCUGGAUUUUUGGACCAUUGGUAACCCGUCUGAUGAAACGUUUCGGAUUUAGAAUCACAGCCAUAAGUGGUUGUCUUAUAAUCUCGAUCAGCUUUUGUGCAAGCUCCUUUGUGGACAAUUUUUGGUUUUUCCUUGUUUUAUUCUCGGUAACUGGAGGAUUGGGCUCAGCAAUGUCCUACCACUGCAGUGUUCUAGUUGUUCUGAGGCACUUUGUGAAGUGGCGUUCUCUUGCGGUUGGAAUAACAGCCUCGUCAUCAAGUGUAGGCAUGUUCGUCGUGACACAACUCACAGAGGUUCUCAUUUCAAAUUAUGGAUUUAAAAAUGCUCUUAGAGGGUGGGCCAUCUUGUUUUUCUUGGCAACCCCACUGGCGUUCUCUUAUGACCCAAAAUCGAAUGUUACCGUAGAUAACGUCAAAAGAAUUGAAGAAGGAUCCGAAAAAAAUGUCUUGGUCAUUCCUGCACCAAGCCUUUUACAAAAUGGACGUUUCAUCAUCUAUCUAGUCUCCGUUACCCCGGUCUUCUUUGUCGUGUAUACGCUGUCAAUUUUCCUAGUAAGUUGUGACUUAACUUUACUGAAUAUUUUUUAUACAAAUAACACUAUCAUUAAUCCUUUCUCUAAAGACACUUACCUGCAACAAUUACCUAGAAUAUGGUCCUUGGUCCCCACCCCGCAAUAUAAAGGGGACUACAGGAACUCGAGGAGUAAGAGAUAAUUGCCGGCGUCAUAUCCCUGUAAGCUUUGUAACAAUUGCCCUAAUGUUCUCUAACUCUUUUACCCCGUUACCCUUACAUCACGGCCUGAAAACUUUUUAUAAAACUGCAAUGUUAAGGCUACUUAAGUUAGAAAACAUUUAUUUCACUAGAGAAGACUGGCGCUUAGGGUUGGAAGGUGUAGAGUGGGAAUAAGCCAAGCCCUAACGUAUCAAUAUCUGAGAUUUCGGCCUGUAACGACCUCACUCUCGGUUAAUAAGUGGUAUACAAUCGCCAGUUACUGAAAUAUUUGGUUGUUUUUUCCCUUGUAGGUGAAAUUUUGUGAAAGUGAACUUGGCAUUUCGUCAGAACGAGGCUCCAUGCUAUACACCUACAUGGCCAUCUCUUACUUCUUUGGCAACCACUUGUUCUGCAAGCUAAGUGAAUUCAAAUUCAUAAACAUCUUUGAUCUUUAUCAAUUUUCAACGACAUGUCUCGGCGUCUGCUUGUUUCUGUUACCCGUGGCAACAUCUUACAAAGCUGUGGUGGUGUUGUCUGUUAUGUUUGGUCUCAUGGAUGGUGGACGAUACGGCUUAAUGCCACUGAUAGUGUUAACAUGUGUCGGACAGAAGAAAAUUGACCAAGCUUGGGGCUAUCUUACUCUUUUUAUCGGUCUUUCUAGUGUCAUAGGUCCAGUUUUUAUAGGUAAGUUAUAUUUCGUUCAAGAGUUUCCUAAUAAGCAAAACUCACCUUGUAACUGCGUCCGCACGUGCAAGGACAGACUUUCUUUCCGUAAGGUUUUCACUAUACAACAACGGCAGCAACCGAUAGCUAAUAUUUGAGGACAGUUUUUGAAUACAAUUUCUUAACGCACCUACAAAAUUUGUCUCCUUAUGCAAAAAAACUAUCUAUGAUAACAGAGCAGUGAAACGCCGACGCUGCUUAGAUUCCAAACACUUUUGAACACCGCGACCUCUUUUUUCGGCCUGACAAUUAAUGAUUUUCCAGGUUUUAAGAGGCUGUCUCAGUAAAAACCGCCCACUCAAUUUCGCGUGAAAAAUAAUUUUGCCUGAAACUCUGGCGAGUGAAAGGCUUGAUCGAGACUAUAACUAAAAUAGGUUUGCUUUGAUUCACAAUAAUUUUCUGGCCGCGCUGGGGGGCGCCGAGUAUUUUAUCCCGCCACAGCCAUUUUGCACGUCUUGAAAACUGAAAAUUUGGUAUUUUUUGCGGCGCUGUAAAAUGUUUGAUUUGCACCAUCUACCAAUGAAUUUUAUACCUAUUUAUAGGUAAACAUCUCUAGUUUUUCCUGAAAGUAAUAGUUAUCCGCUAAAUUUAGCUGGAAAGACGAAAUCAAGCAAAAUAUGACCCCAACUAAUUGCCUUGGAGCGAAAGGCCAAAAAUUACCCUGUUUUAAAAGCUUAUUUCUGACUUUUGGGACAUAGUUGAAAGCUCUAAACUAAAUAGACGCAAAGAUAGACCAUCUGUUAUUAAUAAUAUACAAAACCCCAUGUACGAUUUCAGUAUUUUAAAAGUUAUGACCGUUUGUAUCAACGCGUAUGCCAGCUAAUACGAUAUUUUCAGAUUUAGCGUAACACAUCUACCUCAAGCAGAUUUUGUCAAAAGUACGGCUUACCUAAUUCAUUACUGGCACUGACUCGCAAAUUGAGCAAUAUUCCAAUCCCUGAGAUGCUGGACUCCAUAAAAUUCCAGUAAAUGUGCUUUAGAAACUGCUGGUAUGCGGCCAUUUUUGAAUCCCAUGCUAACAAUCCGAAGCUCAAAACAGGUGAAACUGUAUCACGUUUCGAGCAAAAUAGCUCGGUAAAACAACCGUUCAGAGGUGAAAGUUUGCUCGAGAAUCAGAAAACCAACUAGGCAGGUCUCAUUUUGGAUCAGAAAAUUGAGAUUUCAGAGCCACAACCUCGAAUAAACUUUCCAUUCAACCGGCUCUGCAAGGUCAAAUGCAGGUUAACACGUAAACCGGAAAUGUUGAAACCCGGAAAUAGGGACAACCGGAAAUGCGGAAAUCCGGAUCAUCCGGAAAUCGGCAAAUCUGAAAUCAAUCAGGAGCCGAGGGCAAUUCCAACAAUUAGAGAUAGCUGCAUUCGAUUAGGGCUUCUUUUCAACGUUGAGACAUGUAAAAGAUAAAACCUUCCAAACCGGCGUAGCUGUUUGAUUUUCACUGAACUGAAACGCAGUUCCACGAUCGAUUGCGUUUGGCAAAUAGGUUCCAUAAGAAACAGUAAAUAUCAUUAACCGGUUACAAACAUUCUAAGUGCGCUAACAUAUCACACUUGUGACUAAUACUUUACAGAAGUUGGCUAUAUAUCGAAACUGAAUGCGUCGAGAUCUAGGAAACCGAGCCAGCUCGGUUGUCUGGGCUUAUAAGUAUAGACGGUCCUUGACAGUCGCUUGUUAAGAGCGGAUAAAUAGUCCCGGCCUGUGAGUAAGUUUACAAGAAACCGAUCAGGGAGGAGAAGGCUUGAGUGAAUGGGAGAAAGCCUUCUUCAAAUUUUACUGAUCCUCUUCCUGAAUCUUCUCCCGUCCCUCUGACUAUUUUUACAACAGGAGCUAGAUUUUCCUCCUCCGUCUCCUCCCAAACUUUACCUAAUUCAUUCCUGGCACUGACUAAAAGAUUGACCAAUAUUUCAUUCAAAAUUCUAGUAAAUGCGCUUUUGAAACUGCUGGUAUGCGGCCAUAUUUGAAUCCCAUGCUGAAACUACCGUAAAAUUCCGAAAAUAAGUCCCUCCAUGUAUAAGCUCCUCCAAACUCGUAACACAAAAAACCCUCCGUGAAAUCGCCCCUCCCAAUAUAAGCCCCCCGGGGUCUUGUACUUGGAAAAUUGCCCUCAAAUACAAAGUAAAACAAAGCAAAAACGGUUAAUUUCUUUCCAGCUAUAAGCUAGCCCAAUAGAUUUUGAAACGCAAACUUUCCUCCGUACAUAAGCUCCUACGAAUAUAAGCCCGUCCAAAAAUAAGCCCCUCAAAAAGGGCCUUUGAAAAAUAUAAGACCCGGGGCUUAUUCUCGGAAUUUUACGGUAUGUCACGUUUCGAGAUAAAUAGCUGAGUAAGAAAGAAAACAAAAGAAAUGUCCGGAGGUGAGACUUGUCCGAGAAUAAAAACAUCAGCUAAGCAGAUUUCGUUUUGGGUCAGAAAACCCAAAUUUAUCGACAAAUGUAGGAUUAUUUUUUCGACCAUUUAACGAUGUUUUGUAGCUAAUCUUAAAACAAAGUGUCUUAGCGCCUUUCUUGGCCAUAUUGCAUCGGAUUUUUGGUCUACAAAAAGGGUCGCCCCUGAGGACUUGCCAAUAGUGUUACCAUUAGGUGUUAAUAUUGGUCUUAAGGUCUAAACACGCAUACAGAAUUAAAUCCUUUCUUAAAGCUACUCUAGAUUAAAUGGGAGUUUCUUGCAACCAUACCCUAUAAUCCAAAUGACUUUCCUCUGCUCUCCUCGCGUUAUCCGCUAUCCAAGUUAUUCGUGAAUCAAAAAGAUUAAGGUUGAGAUUGAGCCCUUGGUCCAAUAAUUUUUGGAGAAUUUCUGGAUGAUUCUUCGAAUGUUUUUAAUGUAUAAAAAAUUAGGGAGGAUGUUAAAAAUGUCGGAAAAGUUGGAAAAUAUUGGAUUUGGGGGUUGUUAGAAAUUAAAAUAUGAAGUGAAUAAUCAGAAGAAAAAUUAAUACCAGAGACUCCAACAAGGAGUGCCUCUGAUCCCAUUAGCGGACUAACUGCGCUUAAUGUGCAUACCUUUUCUACUCUUAUUUAUUUCUUUCCCAAAUCACCAUCAUUUUCCCCGAAAAAAAUCAACCAGUAUGCCCCCUUAACAAGCGACUGUCAAGGACCGUCUAUACUUAUAAGCCCAGACAACCGAGCUGGCUCGGUUUCCUAGAUCUCGACGCAUUCAGUUUCGAUAUAUAGCCAACUUCUGUAAAGUAUUAGUCACAAGUGUGAUAUGUUAGCGCACUUAGAAUGUUUGUAACCGGUUAAUGAUAUUUACUGUUUCUUAUGGAACCUAUUUGCCAAACGCAAUCGAUCGUGGAACUGCGUUUCAGUUCAGUGAAAAUCAAACAGCUACGCCGGUUUGGAAGGUUUUAUCUUUUACAUGUCUCAACGUUGAAAAGAAGCCCUAAACGAAUGCAGCUAUCUCUAAUUGUUCGAAUUGCCCUCCGCUCCUGAUUGAUUUCAGAUUUGCCGAUUUCCGGAUGAUCCGGAUUUCCGCAUUUCCGGUUGUCCCUAUUUCCGGGUUUCAACAUUUCCGGUUUACGUGUCAACCUGCAUUUGACCUUGCAGAGCCGGUUGAAUGGAAAGUUUAUUCGAGGUUGUGGCUCUGAAAUCUCAAUUUUCUGAUCCAAAAUGAGACCUGCCUAGUUGGUUUUCUGAUUCUCGAGCAAACUUUCACCUCUGAACGGUUGUUUUACCGAGCUAUUUUGCUCGAAACGUGACACAGUUUCACCUGUUUUGAGCUUCGGAUUGUUAGCAUGGGAUUCAAAAAUGGCCGCAUACCAGCAGUUUCUAAAGCACAUUUACUGGAAUUUUAUGGAGUCCAGCAUCUCAGGGAUUGGAAUAUUGCUCAAUUUGCGAGUCAGUGCCAGUAAUGAAUUAGGUAAGCCGUACUUUUGACAAAAUCUGCUUGAGGUAGAUGUGUUAUGCUAAAUCUGAAAAUAUCGUAUUAGCUGGCAUACGCGUUGAUACAAACGGUCAUAACUUUUAAAAUACUGAAAUCGUACAUGGGGUUUUGUAUAUUAUUAAUAACAGAUGGUCUAUCUUUGCGUCUAUUUAGUUUAGAGCUUUCAACUAUGUCCCAAAAGUCAGAAAUAAGCUUUUAAAACAGGGUAAUUUUUGGCCUUUCGCUCCAAGGCAAUUGGUUGCGGUCAUAUUUUGCUUGAUUUCGUCUUUCCAGCUAAAUUUAGCGGAUAACUAUUACUUUCAGGAAAAACUAGAGAUGUUUACCUAUAAAUAGGUAUAAAAUUCAUUGGUAGAUGGUGCAAAUCAAACAUUUUACAGCGCCGCAAAAAAUACCAAAUUUUCAGUUUUCAAGACGUGCAAAAUGGCCGUGGCGGGACAAAAUACUCGGCGCCCCCCAGCGCGGCCAGAAAAUUAUUGUGAAUCAAAGCAAACCUAUUUUAGUUAUAGUCUCGAUGAAGCCUUUCACUCGCCAGAGUUUCAGGCAAAAUUAUUUUUCACGCGAAAUUGAGUGGGCGGUUUUUACUGAGACAGCCUCUUAACCUUUUGUAAGCGACCGUCACUUUCUCUAAUCUCUAUUUGCGCUGUGUUAGAAGGUCGAAGAACCUUAGCGACAACAUGGAACAACACAUAUCCUAACUUAGACAUUGCAUGCAAUAAAUUAUCUUUCGUAAAGUAGAUGUGCCUGGACCUCUUCUCAGAAGAGAUCCGUUGUGGUUCGGUUCUUGUAAAUGACCACUUCCCGUAAGCGACUACUCAGUCUUUGCAUUUUGGGUGGUUGCUUACGGGAAGCCUCGACCGUUCUAAAGUAAAGCACGUUCUCACUUGGCAACAUUGACAUAACUAUAAGCACAAGAAAAACAGGUUCUGAAAGUUAAUAGAGAGCUUUAGAUUCUAAGACGAGUAUGACAACGAGUACGAGAUUUUCUCAAUACUACGUAGUGUAAGCGCGUGAGCCAGCGUCAUUCUGGCGGGAAAACGUGGUAGCCGUCGUCACUCUAUUACGAGUUUUAGCGAGAAUGUGGAAGUGGCGGAAACAAGUUAACAAAUGUUAGAAGUUUUAUCAUUUUGCGAUCGGGAGAGGGUGUAACCUCCUCCACUAAAGGUAUAACAGUGCUAACUUUUUUAGUGAAAAAUGGUAAAAUGAAGCUUUCCGGAGAGUCCAUAUUUUCAGAAUACCGUAUUUAUUCGAUUAACCGCCCUGGGUGCUUAUUAAAUUUUUGGACCUUGAGAGUGGGCGCCUAUUCGAGGUGGGUGUUUAUUCGAGGCUGGGCGCUUAUUGAAGUUUCACCAUUUUCAGCAAGUGUAGUAUGUUCAUUUUGCAACAAAACAACAAAUGGUAACAACAAAACGAGAAGAUGUAACAAUGCAAGGUUUCUGUAAAAUACUCUGAAGAAAUUAAAACUCCGUCUUCGGGGAAGUCUCUUAUUAGUACUUAUUCAAUUUUUUUGUGUGUGUGUGGGAGGAGGAAGCGGGGUAGGGGUGGGCGCUUAUUUUAGUGUGAGUGAAAAGGGGAGGGCUGUGCGGUGGGGGUGGGCACUUAUUUUCUGCUUCUAGGAUGGGUGCUUAUUCGAGGUGGGCGCUAAUUCGAGGUUGGGCGCUUAUUGGAAUAAAUAGGGUAUACGAAAAAACUUAAAGUCAAAUCUCGUACUUCUAUUCGUCCUUUUCCUUGAAUCUAACGGUCUCUAACAUUUCCAAACUCUCCGACAGGUUUCAUAGCUGACACUGCCCACGAGUACGGACCUGCCUUUUACACUGCUGGGGGAAUCAUGGUUUUCGGAUCAACUGUUGUAUUCCUUAACAGGUUUUUGAAGAAAGAGAAUUUAGUUGAAGAAGCGCAUGAAGAGAAACACAAGUUUUUGGAAUUCUUCGUUCAAGAAAAAGAAACCGUACUAUAG